CCUGUUGUACGUCGUGACGUCAGCGACGUCCUUGCUGUCAUCACUUCACCGGGAGAGAAGGGCGUCCGGGGGUAACUGGCCGAGAGCGGAGCCGCUGGGACUCUUCUGGAGUGGACGUUUGAUUUGACGCUUCCUGUGCAGCGGCGGCCCGGGUGGAGCUUACUGUCAGAGGCGCAGGACGUCCAGCCCAUCGGACCGAUCGGCACCACCGUGUGUGAGGCGCUGUGAGGACCGCUCAUGCAUCGCUUAAGGACUUGUGCGGCGCGCUUGCGCCCGCUCACCGCCUCGCAGGCGGCACAGACUGUCGCCCAGCAGCGGCCAAUCACAGCCACCGGCGCCGCUGGCUCAAGGACGUUUCAGCCAAUCAGGAGCUACUCGGCGCCGGUGGCGUCGGAGCCGUUCCUGAACGGGACGAGCUCCAACUACGUGGAGGAGAUGUACUACGCCUGGCUGGAGAAUCCCAAGAGCGUCCACAAGUCGUGGGACGUGUUUUUCCGUAACGCCAACGCCGGCGCGCCCCCCGGCGCCGCCUACCAGUCUCCUCUGGGUCUAGCGGGUCCUCAGCUGUCCUCGCUGGUCGGCACUCAGCCAAACGCGGAGAAGCUGGUGGAGGAUCAUCUGGCUGUCCAGACCCUCAUCAGAGCCUACCAGGUCCUGGGCCAUCACAACGCCCACCUGGACCCUCUGGGGAUCAGCUGUGUGAAUUUUGACGACGCUCCAAUCCGGGGGCACCACGUGGCCCAGCUGGACCCGCUGGGCAUCAUGGACGCCGAUCUGGACUCGUGCGUUCCCACUGACAUUAUCACAUCCUCCGACAAGCUGGACGUGGCUGUGCUCAAGAAGAGGCUGAGGUUCCUAAUGGUAGGAGGCUUCUACGGUCUGGACGAAUCAGACCUGGAGAAGGUGUUCCGGCUUCCCACCACCACCUUCAUCGGCGGCUCAGAGUCGGCGCUGCCGCUCAAGGAGAUCAUCCGCCGCCUGGAGAUGGCGUACUGCCAGCACAUCGGUGUGGAGUUCAUGUUCAUCAACGACCUGGAGCAGUGCCAGUGGAUCCGCCAGAAGUUUGAGACUCCAGGAUUGAUGCAGUUCACUCUGGAGGAGAAGAGGACGCUGCUGGCCCGGAUGGUCCGCUCCACCAGGUUUGAGGAGUUCCUGCAGAAGAAAUGGUCUGCAGAGAAACGAUUCGGACUGGAGGGCUGCGAGUCUCUGAUCCCGGCUCUGAAGACCAUCAUCGACAAAUCCUCCGAGAACGGAGUGGAGAACAUCAUCAUGGGCAUGCCGCACAGGGGUCGGCUGAACGUUUUGGCCAACGUGAUCCGUAAGGAACUGGAGCAGAUCUUCUGCCAGUUCGACUCCAAACUGGAGGCGGCCGAUGAGGGCUCCGGAGACGUGAAGUAUCACCUGGGCAUGUACCACCGUCGGAUCAACCGGGUCACGGACCGGAACAUCACCCUGUCUCUGGUGGCCAACCCGUCCCACCUGGAGGCUGUGGACCCCGUGGUCCAGGGCAAAACCAAGGCGGAGCAGUUCUACUGCGGAGACACCGACGGGAAGCGAGUGAUGUCCAUCCUACUGCAUGGAGACGCCGCCUUCGCUGGCCAGGGCAUCGUCUAUGAGACCUUCCACCUGUCGGACCUGCCGUCCUACACCACGCACGGCACCGUGCACGUUGUGGUCAACAACCAGAUCGGCUUCACCACCGACCCGCGCAUGGCCCGCUCCUCUCCGUACCCAACGGACGUCGCCCGCGUCGUCAACGCCCCCAUCUUCCACGUCAACGCCGACGACCCCGAGGCCGUCACCUACGUCUGCAAGGUGGCUGCGGAGUGGAGAGCCACCUUCCACAAAGACGUGGUGGUUGACCUGGUGUGCUACCGCCGGAUGGGCCACAACGAGAUGGACGAGCCGAUGUUCACCCAGCCGCUGAUGUACAAGCAGAUCAAGAAGCAGAAACCGGUUCUGCAGAAAUACGCCGAGAAGCUGAUCGCAGAGGGAGCCGUGAGCCGGCAGGAGUACGAGGAGGAGAUCGCCAAGUACGAUAAGAUCUGCGAAGAGGCUUUCGCUCGCUCCAAAGACGAGAAGAUCCUGCACAUCAAGCACUGGCUGGACUCUCCGUGGCCCGGUUUUUUCACUCUGGACGGGCAGCCCAAGUCGAUGAGCUGCCCGAGCACGGGCCUGUCUGAGGAGAACCUGAACCAGAUCGGACUGGUGGCGUCCUCCGUCCCCGUGGAGGACUUCACCAUCCACGGAGGUCUGAGUCGCAUCCUGAAGGGCCGGGCCGAGAUGGUCCGGAACCGGACCGUGGACUGGGCUCUGGCCGAGUACAUGGCGCUGGGCUCCCUGCUGAAGGAGGGCAUCCACGUCCGGCUGUCGGGUCAGGAUGUGGAGAGAGGAACGUUCAGCCACCGUCACCACGUCCUCCACGACCAGAACGUCGACAAGAGAACCUGCAUCCCCAUGAACCACCUGGCGCCGGACCAGGCUCCCUACACCGUCUGCAACAGUUCGCUGUCCGAGUACGGAGUGCUGGGCUUCGAGCUGGGCUUCGCCAUGGCGAGCCCCAACGCGCUGAUCCUGUGGGAGGCCCAGUUCGGAGACUUCCACAACACGGCGCAGUGCAUCAUCGACCAGUUCAUCUGCCCGGGUCAGGCCAAGUGGGUCCGGCAGAACGGCAUCGUUCUGCUGCUGCCGCACGGCAUGGAGGGCAUGGGUCCAGAACAUUCCUCCGCCCGGCCCGAACGGUUCCUCCAGAUGUGCAACGACGACCCGGACGUCACGCCGAACCUGACGGAGGACCUGGCGGUCCGGCAGCUGUACGACUGUAACUGGAUCGUGGUGAACUGCUCCAGUCCUGGGAACUACUUCCAUGUCCUGAGGAGGCAGAUCCUGCUGCCCUUCAGGAAGCCGCUGAUCGUUUUCACUCCCAAGUCUCUGCUGCGCCAUCCCGACGCCCGCUCCAGCUUCGACGGCAUGCUGCCCGGAACCCACUUCCAGAGGCUGAUCCCGGAGGACGGGCCGGCGGCGCAGCGGCCCGACGCCGUGAAGAGGCUGAUCUUCUGCACCGGGAAGGUUUACUACGAGCUGACCAAAGAGAGGCAGAGGAGAGGCCUGGAGGAGACGGUGGCCAUCAGCCGCAUGGAGCAGCUCUCCCCGUUCCCGUUCGACCAGGUGAAGGCGGAGUUUGAGCGUUUCCACAACGCCGACCUGGUGUGGUGUCAGGAGGAGCACAAGAACCAGGGUUACUAUGACUACGUGAAGCCACGCAUCAGGACCACCAUCAACAAGGCCAAGAACGUCGGGUACGCCGGCAGAGACCCGGCGGCGGCGCCGGCCACCGGAAACAAGAACACACACCUGGUGGAGCUGCGGCGCUUCCUGGACACGGCCUUCGACCUGGAGGCGUUCAGCGAGCAGUAGACGGCCGCACUGGACUCACACUCAUGAUUCAUGCAGAAUCGAUCAGAUUUAUCCAUAAAUUCAGUAAUUAUUGAGUUAAAGUUGAUGCAGCAAAAACAUUUGGGUUUAGGUUUGAAGUUUCCUCUGAAAUCGGCUGAUUUAACGUCGCCACAACAAACUCCACACACACCCCUCCGUCCACACACCCGCUCCAGCUGCAGAUAACCGUCAGAGUGACGCCUCCUGUUUCCUCCAUUCACUCAGAGGAUCGGAGCUGCUUCUUCUCCUGAGUUUUAUUUUAGCUUUUAUGGCUCUUUAGCAUCGUUAGCAGAGAUCAGAAGGAGUUUGGUGGUGCUUCUCUAUUUGUAAUUAGUCGCCAUGGUAACGCCUAUCACUGAGAUUUUGUCAUAUAUUAUUCUGAGGAUAUGUUUGGGAUGAACCAAUCACGCGCUGCUGAUUUAGCCCCGCCCUCCCCGCGCCGGUCUGCGUUCAUCUCGUGCCAAAUUGCCGCCUUCAGUUUUUCUGUUUGGUCAUUUUCCUGGUGCAGCUGAACUGACGGCGGGAAACCGGAAGAAUCGUCAGCAGAGGAGGAAGUCGUGGCGAUCAGAGCUUCUGAGAGACAAAGAUUAAAAAUCAUUUAUUUAUUUUCAUAUUAGGGGAUUGAAGUCUGCUGCGUUGUUUUGCUUCAUUCAAUAAAGAAAUCUGUGCUGAACAGAC